CUCUCAUACCAAAAGUUUAUGAUAUCAAACUAGUAUAAUUAUUUACUAGGCUAAACUAUUAUUGUAUGUGUUUUAUUAGUUUAAAUAAAUUUUAUAGCGGUAAUUGAUUCGCUUAUAGAUGUGUUUUGGUCUUGGACAUGAAAAUACAAAGGUCCAUAUAAUUCUUCUACUUCAUUUUUUAAUUUCGUUUUUUCCCUUAAUGCCUGUUAGGUGUUCGAUAUAAUUCCGCAGAGAGUGUGGGUAUAUACAGCGACGUUGUGGAACGCGGAAACUCAAAAUAGCUCCAUAUACUCUUUGAGAUACUAUGAGGUUCCUCCUCAUGAGAUCACUUCUGGUUCACCCAUGUGGUGGCUCCAUCAUCAAUGUCCGAUCAACGACUACGUCUGCUCAAUAUGUAGCUUCCAGAUCAAGAGACCCUGUUUUCGAGAAGCUCAUGGACAAAUACAAGAACCUUCUCAAGGUCAUUGCCAUACAAGACCUUACCCUCGCCAAUCCAACAGCUGAUCCUCCCUCUCUAUCCAUUGAGUUUCUCUCCAGGCUCUCCCAGAAGCUCCACCUUAAUCGUGGCGCUGCUUCUUUCCUGCGAAAGUAUCCUCACAUCUUUCAUGUCUUGUAUGAUCCUGUGAAAGCUGAGCCCUUUUGCAGGUUAACUGAUGUAGCCAUGGAGAUUUCUCGCCAAGAGGCUUUGGCUAUCACUGCUACUUUGUCUCUUGUUGUUGACCGGUUGGUUAGGCUCUUGUCUAUGUCCAUAUCAAAGUCCAUUCCGCUUCGUGCGGUUUUUAAGGUUUGGAGAGAACUUGGGCUCCCAGAUGAUUUUGAGGACUCUGUGAUCUCAAAGAACCCUCAUCUUUUUAAGCUUAGUGAUGGUCAUGAAUCCAACACCCAUAUCUUAGAGCUGGUUCAGGAAGAAGAGAAAAGACUGGAAUUUGAGGCCGCGGUUGAGAAAUGGAGGGUGGUUGAGUGUUCUAAGGAGGAUUGCAGUGUCGAUAGAACCGAGAUUCAGUUUAGUUUCAAACAUAGUUACCCACCAGGAAUGAGACUGAGCAAGACAUUUAAGGCUAAAGUUAAGGAAUGGCAGAGGCUGCCUUACGUAGGGCCAUACGAGGACAUGGUUGGUAAGAAGAAGAGUAGAUCCGGUGUGAUGGGAAUAGAGAAAAGAGCGGUUGCGAUUGCUCACGAGUUCCUGAAUCUGACUGUAGAGAAGAUGGUGGAGGUAGAAAAGAUCAGCCAUUUCAGAAAAUGUUUUGGGAUUGAUUUGAACAUAAGAGAUUUGUUCUUGGAUCACCCGGGCAUGUUUUAUGUGUCAACUAAAGGGAAAAGACACACUGUCUUUCUCAGAGAGGCUUAUGAAAGAGGACGUUUGAUUGAUCCAAAUCCUGUUUACGAUGCGAGGAGGAAGCUUCUUGACCUUGUUCUCUUGGGACGCCAUGCUGCUUUAUCAGAAUCUGGGAACACUAGUAUGUCUGAACAAGAAUGACAUUACGAUUUUUCAGGCCCUAUUGAGUCUGAGCUAUGCAAUCUUCCAUAUGGAAGUGUAUGAGACACUUGAGAGAUUAGGUCCACCAAGAAUCAGGCAAUGUUUCUAUGGCGUUUGUCCGAAUUUCGGACUAAUUGGCUUGCUCACAAGCAAAAGCUCGAGAUAAUCUGAAAGCAGGAAAAGCGAGUUACUUGAUGUAGCGUAAGUGAGUACUUGGAUCAAUACUUGUCUACGAAACCAAUGUAGGAGUAAACGGUCUUUGUUGUGUACUUUUUUGGUUAUGUAUUGUCGACAGAAAGGUUAGAAACUAGUAUCCAAACUCAAUACGUCUUCUUUCUUUAGAUUUUGCUUGGUUGCUAAUUGCUUCAUGUGGCUUUCCUUAUUCUACUAAAACUCUCAUCUUUGUUCUUGUUCUAUUUUUUACUUUUACAU